GUUGAAGCUUUAAUUGGUUAUCGUGUUAUUGACGUAGCAUGUGGUUCCGGAGAUGCUCAAACUUUAUGCAUCACCGACGACGACAACGUUUGGUCUUGGGGAGAUGGGGAUUACGGAAAAUUGGGCAGGGGAGGUUCCGAUGGAUGUAAGGUACCGACGAAGAUCGAAAGCCUAGCCGGUCUAGGCGUUAUCAAAGUUGAAUGCGGAUCACAAUUUUCCGUCGCAUUAACUAGAUCAGGAAGUGUUUAUACAUGGGGUAAAGGUGAUUACCACCGUUUAGGUCACGGUCCAGACGACCACGUUCGCAGACCACGCAAAGUAGCCGCACUCCAAGGUAAAAAAAUAAUCAGCAUCGCAACCGGAUCCCUUCAUUGCGUUGCGUGUUCGGACGAAGGCGAAGUUUUCACUUGGGGUGAUAACGACGAGGGUCAACUUGGUGAUGGCACCACGAACGCAAUACAACGUCCACGAUUAGUCCAAGCGCUUCAAGGAAAAAAAAUCACCAACGUCGCAUGCGGUUCCGCCCACACUUUAGCAUGGUCAACGAAUAAUCCUUCCGGUUGCGGCGCCCGUUUACCCACUCAAGUUCCGGUUGAGUACGAUUUACUCCGCGAUAUACCAGCGGUAACGCUACAUCGGCGGUUGGUGCUCCUGCAUCAUUUUUCGGAGAUUUUUUGUCCUUGUAUCGGAAUGUUCCCGAUUGAUGGUCCGGGAUCUUUACACGAAUUGAGGAAUCAAUUGAUUUAUAAUAUUAAAGAGGCGACCUUUAGGAAGGUGGUGCAAGCUACGAUGGUUCGAGAUAAACAACAUGGACCUGUUAUUGAAUUGAAUCGGAUUCAGGUGAAGAGGUCGCGAUCGAGGGGUGGUUUAGCGGGGGUUGAUGGAAUGAAAUCAGUUUUUGGUCAAAUGGUUAGUAAAUUGACGUUAUUAACAACGGAGGCUUUAUCGUUGCCGCAUCGAGUAUGGAAAGUUAAAUUUGUUGGUGAAAGUGUGGAUGAUUGCGGUGGUGGUUAUAGUGAAAGCAUCGCUGAAAUGUGCGACGAGCUCCAAAACGGCUCCCUUCCCUUAUUAAUCCCAACCCCUAACGGGCGAGACGAAGCUGGAACAAACCGAGAUUGCUACCUUUUAAAUCCAUCUUCAAAAUCCUGCCUCCACUUAAAUAUGUUCCGAUUCUUAGGCGUUCUAAUGGGAAUUGCAAUCCGAACUGGUUCACCCCUUAGUUUAAAUUUAGCGGAAGCCGUCUGGAAGCAAUUAUCUGGGAUGGAUUUGACACCGGGCGAUUUAACGGAAGUCGACCGCGAUUACGUGCCUGGUUUACUCUGUAUUAGAGAUAUGACGGCUGAUGAAAGAUUGUUUCAAAAUUUGGAGAUGCCGUUUUCGACGCCGUCUGCAUGUGGAAUUGAUGUCCCGUUAAGUAAUCGUUAUAAAAGGAUCACGCACGAGAAUCGAUUGGAGUAUGUAAAAUUAGCGCUGCAAUUUCGAUUGCGGGAAUUUGAUGAGCAAGUUCGCGCCGUUCGUGAUGGAAUGUCGAAGGUUGUUCCUGUACCACUUUUAUCGUUGUUUAGUGCAUAUGAAUUGGAGACGAUGGUUUGUGGGUCACCGGAUAUUCCUUUAACGUUGAUGAAAUCGGUGGCUACUUAUAAAGGUUUGAUUAUACAAUAAUUUUUUGGUUAAAUAUUGAUUAAUUAUUUUUGUCCACGACUACCAAUGACUAGAAUAAUAGCGGUUAAUAAUCAUUAUUCACGGAUAAUCAAUUUGAUAGACUUAAAUACAUAGAUAAUGUUUGGAGCUUUUCCCAGUGGUCCAGUCUGCUUUACCCAUAAUAUAGAUAAAUAUUGUCAUAUUUUUACCGUUUUAAGACCAAAACAC